AUGUCAUCGUCGACUACUGUUUCUGGCCAUUACAUUGCCGAGCCGUGGAUAGAGAAGCAACAAGGACAUGUCAUUCAUCGUCACCACCAACAACACGAUCCGCCACUACAUCAAUCAAUUAUUAGCAGCAGUGAUAGAAGAGGAGGAGUCAAAAUGCUAGGGGAUGGUCGCUACACAAAAUCGACUGCCAGUAGCAGAUCACGAGCACGACCCACUGGUGCUGAUGAGACUCAGCUCAAUACACGCAAGAGCAUCAAGGAAUUGAGACAAAGUAUCCAGAAUGAUGCUGGCAUGAGUAGGGAUGGUAUCUUUGAAGCCUUUGCUCAAGUCGACAAUGAUGAUCCUAUUCCAUCAACAACAACAGCAGCAUCUGUAAAGUCAUCUAUAACACCCAUACAACGUCGCAAAAGUACCAAUACCACCAAUGCAACAAAUACCAGCAGCAUCCCUGCCAACUCUUUGAAUCUCAGGAUACGUCGUAGAUCAACCAAAGCAGCCACCACGGAUGAAUCAUCAUCAUCAUCACCAAGGAUACGUGCCAUGGCAACUACAACAGGCAAUAGCAACAAUCCUGAAUCACCUCGUGUGCGCGCUUUACAAACGAAAAAGUCAACUGAGAGCAUCAACAGCAGCCGUCGUCGUACGUCAACAGCAGCAGCAGCAGCAUCAGCAGCAUCAUCACCUCGAGCUCAGCCAAUAGCAACAAGUGGUGGUGGUGGUGGCACCAACACACGCUUUGUAUCAUCCUCCGCAAGGAAGCUCGGACAUGGAACCGAAGAAGCCGAUGCAAACAAAACAACCAGACGCUUGGCUGCAACAAGUGACACAGACGUCAAAGCAUGCGGCUCUUCAUCGGAUGCAUUUCGGUUGGCCGAUCAUUUACGGGAUUCUCUUGUCGUGGAACGUCGACUUGCACGACAAGAAUUCGGCUUACAUUCCGAAAAAGGAGGAUCACAUGCUGCCACCACUCAUGGGAUGGAUGCAAGGAAGCCAACUUUGGAUGCAGCCAUCACCACAAGACGUGCUUCUACCACAAAGGCAGCAUCAUCCAAUAAUCGUGCAGAAGUGAUCACUGAUGUCAAACGUCGACUGAGUUUGGGAAAAGAACGCAUACGUGAUUUGGAAAAGAAUGUGGUGGGAUCACCAAAAUCAGCUGCUGUGGCAUCAAGAGCUGAGCCUAGACGCCGCACACUUUCGAGUGGAUCUAUUCUACGCACAGCUCUCAAGGAUGAGCACGGACGUAGAAAAUCAACUACAUCAGCUGCACGUCUCAAUACGCCAACAUCACCAGCAGCAGCGGCUACUCGUGGAGGAGAUGACAAUACACGUGAAGAAUCUUUGGUCAUGCUUGCUACAAAGCGACGUUCUGUUAUUGCCAAUAGUAGAACAAGUAGUGCUGCAUCACGACGACAAGAAACACCUGCAGAAGAUAAUAAACCACGACGACGCAUGAGUCGUGGCACACCAGCAACAAGUGAAGCAACCAAUUCAACGCGUACUCGGAAGAAAUCAAUUGUGGCUAUGGAUGAUUCAAAUCUUGGUGUGCGUCGUGCAAGGAGAAUGUCUCGUACAGAAUCAUUAAAAGAAGGUGUGCCCACUGAUCCUUCUCUCAAUGCUGCUCUUGCAUGGCGAACCAAAACGCAGGCUGAUCAAGAAUCAUUUAUCGCUCGGCGUCAGGCAACAAGGAAACCAAUUGCCUCUAGUAAUGGAUCAACAACAACAACAGGUCGACGACGUGGCAAGACAUUACCUGGUAAUCUUGCUAGUCCACCUCCUAUACAUACAUUGAACUUGCCACCUAUGAAAAUGGAGCCGAUUCAUGUCAACAUGCCGAAGCUUACUACUGGUACGACACCCAUUGCCACAACAAGAGCAUCUGCAUCAAGGUCAUCACAACGUAGCACAACUACUCCCAAUGACAACAGCGGUGAGGAAGAUGCAACCAACAAGGAGAAUGCCACAACGACAACGACGAGAAAGAGUCAUUUGGGGAUAUCCAACGAACGUCGUUCAUCCAUCAAGACACCACGUAUUGCACCAUCAUCUCCCAGAGAAGCUGCCACUGCAACGAACAACAAUGCUGGUAUCUCAUCUGCCGCCGCAUCCCCACGUGCACGACCUCUCAAUACAAGACGUCCUAGCGCUACAAAUACACGCAAGUUAUCGCUCACAAGCAACAAGAGCUAUGGUGAUGAUGUGUCUCCUUCGUUGGGUCCUGCUCGAACAAGGAAAAUUAGUACCAACAGCAUAGGUGGUACUGUGGCACCGUCUACAACACGAGCAACAUCAUUGUAUGGUACAAGUGGACCAAGUAGUCGAAAGAGUUCAGUGACAUCCAGCACGAUGGAAUAUGAAUCAGUGGUUGACAAGGAAGUUGGCAUCCAACGACAUCGUGCAAUGAGUCUUCAAGAACGUCUUCAAGCCAUGGUACGACAACAUACCGAGAAUGCAGCCAUCAAAGACAGCUAUGCAUCGGACAUGCAAUAUUCAAUGAUACGUACUGAACGUCGACCCUCUGCAUUACGAGCUCAACAACAACAACACGACAUGAUGGAUGACACGGCAACUACUACUACACCAUCAUCCCCUGGCAGUGACCCUUAUGCGUGGGAUUUAUCAAGUAGUGGAUUACGUGCUCCAAAGAGCCCUACAACGGCCAUCAAGUGCUAUUCCAAAUAUUUGUCCUUGUAUGAACGCAUGGAAAUCCAACAAUAUGGUGAAGUUUAUUUUGUCGGCCAUCAUGCACAUAAGAACCCAGCGACCCCAGAGCACCCAGAGCAAAAUUAUGGAUACGAUGAUGAGCGAGGUGAUUACAACAUUGUGCUACAGGAUCAUUUGGCGUAUCGAUACGAAGUCAUUGAUGUAUUGGGUCGUGGAUCAUUUGGUCAAGUGGUGAAAUGCUUCGACCAUAAGACGGGUGAUACGAUGGCUAUCAAGUUGAUCCGCAACAAAAAGCGUUUCCAUGCUCAGGCACAGACCGAAAUCAAGAUUCUUCAAAACCUCGUUGAUUGGGAUCCUGAGGAUCAACAUCAUAACGUGCGCAUGACCGACUACUUUGUUUUCCGAAAUCAUCUUUGUAUUGCUUGCGAAUGUUUGAGUAUCAAUCUCUACGAGUUCAUCAAAGCCAACAAUUAUAAAGGCUUCAACCUGAGUCUGAUCAAGAGAUUCACUGUACAAAUAUUGCAGUCUCUAUGUCUUUUAUACGAGCAUGGUGUUAUUCAUUGUGAUCUUAAACCAGAAAAUAUCCUUCUCAAGCAUCCAUCAAGGAGCACGAUCAAGGUCAUUGACUUUGGUAGCAGUUGCUUGGAAACGGAUCGAGUAUACACAUAUAUCCAAAGCCGAUUCUACCGAUCACCCGAAGUCAUUCUAGGCAUGUCGUACAAUAUGGCUAUCGACAUGUGGAGUCUCGGAUGCAUUCUCGCCGAGUUAUGCACUGGUCUACCCAUCUUCCCAGGAGAAAAUGAACAUGAACAACUGGCAUGCAUCAUGGAAAUAUUGGGAGUGCCUAGCCGAUAUCUCAUUGAGCAAAGCUCACGCCGAAAGUUAUUCUUUGAUUCAAGCGGCAAUCCUCGCAUUAUACCCAAUUCAAGAGGCAAGAAACGACGACCAGGCACAAAAACACUGGCACAAGUUUUACGUUGUACAGACCCACGCUUUUUGGAUUUCGUUGAACGAUGUUUGCAAUGGGAUCCCGAGAGACGCAUGACACCUGAUCAAGCUUUGUGCCAUGACUGGAUACUUCACAGCUCUCGACAUAGCAAUGGUCACAAGUAUACGACACCUGUCGCGGUAUGUAAUACUCCUGGUGCUAGCGGAUCCACUAUGCACGAUGAGGAAGCUACCAACCAUCACCAUCUUGCUGCAGUAGAGCAAUUCUAG